UCGGCUUCCUGAGCCGCGGUGGGCGUGGCCGUGGUAGGCUGCCAGCCAGGCUAGGGCAGUUGUUGGUGAGUGGUUGGGUUGCUGCGGUUCGGUUGUUGCUGUCGCGAUGCUCUUCUCUGAGGCUGUGGCCAGGUCGCGGACGUGGGAACCCAGUCCCUCGGAACACAGGAUGUGGGUGAAAGUAUUUAAAGCAUGUGAUGAAGAUCACAAAGGAUAUCUCAGCAGAGAGGACUUUAAAGUUGCUGUCGUAAUGCUGUUUGGGUACAAGCCCUCCAAGAUAGAAGUGGAUUCUGUGAUGUCUUCAAUAAAUCCAAAUACUUCUGGUAUAUUACUUGAGGAGUUUUUAAAUAUUGUAAGGAAGAAGAAGGAAGCUCAACGAUAUCGGAAUGAAAUAAGACACAUCUUCACAGCCUUUGACACGUACUAUCGUGGAUUUUUAACUUUGGAAGAUUUCAAAAAAGCAUUUAGGCAGGUGGCUCCCAAAUUACCAGAAAGGACUGUUCUCGAGGUAUUCAGUCAUAGUUCUACAGUUGAAUGAAUUCAAAGCUUACCUCCAGGCCUUUCGCUGUGGUUUCUGCUUAGCUGAAGUUUAUCCUCAACAAGGGGUCAUAAGAAUUAUAUUCCCCACUGUCCUUCAUGUUCAGAAAUGCUUAUCUGGGUCAUUGUACUUGAAUAAAAAUAUGUAAUGGAUUGGACCUUUCUCUUACAUUUCUUUAUUGAGCUAUAUCUGCUGCUGUCUCAUGUCCUUUUGUUAUUUUGCUAUAUCUUGUUAUUUGGUAGUGUCCCCCAUCUACUUUCAGCUCUUGUUUUAUAGGGGUGUUUUCUUUAUUAGUGGAAAUAGUGAUUUUUUCUGAUUUUAGUUUUAAAUGAGUGAUUGCUUGGGGGAAGCUAAUUAUAACUUUUUCCACACAAAUUAAUGAAAGGAAGUUUUCUACCAAGAGAAAAGUUGUGAGGAACAAGUUACUUUGAUAAGCCAAUUUAUACCUCAUAUAAAAACCAAAAUUAAAAUUGCUACUCAUUUGUAUGUCUAAAGAUAUUAUAAAAUCUUUAAUACUUGGAUUUCAAAAUUUGAGGCUUUUGUUCAGUGUUUGAAACUUAAAACUUUCAGCUGGUGUGGUGGCUUACUUAUACCUGUAAUCCAACACUUUGGGAGGCUGAGAGGGGCAGAUCACUUGAGACCAGCCUGUGUAACAUGGCAAAACCCUGUCUCUACUAAAUACACAAAAAUUAGGCCAGCAUGGUUGUACACACCUGUAAUCCCAGAUACUCAGGAGGCUGAGGCACAAGAAUUGCGUGAAUCUUGGAGGCAGAGGUGAGCCAAGAUGGCACCACUGCACUCCAGCCUGGAUGACAGAGCAAGACUCUGUCUCAAAAAAAAAAAGUUUCCUUUCCUCUUAGUGCUGGUAGUCACAGUUUGUGUAUUCGUGUGUUAAAAUAGCCGAGGCUAUAUCAAAGAUGAUGUUUCAUUAUUAAUCAGAAUUUCUACCCACUAAAAAUGGCAGACGUCAAGAGACUUAAGAGCUGUUUGUAUUAUAGUACUGUUUGUACUUUAGAAUUAAUGUUAGAUCUAAUAGUCUUUCUAGCAAUUAAAAAUUAAAUAAGAAAUGUCUUUUCUCUUUAACACUAAUAAAACUUGUUGAAAAUUUUGUAGCACUAUCUUUUGUUUUUAAUGUUCAGAAAUCUUCAUGACUCUAAGGAGUAAAGUUAAAACUCUUUAACCUGGCUUUCCAACAUCUGGUCUCUUUUCCAACAUCUGGUCGCCUUUUCAGACUCAUCUUUCAUCAUUCCCAAAUUCCUGUGUUUCCCUUGGCAUGGUCCUUGUUCCUUUGAUUAUGUGAUGUGCAUUUAUAGUUCAUUCUGUUUCUCUUGCCUAGCAGUGCCUUUCCCUACUCCUUACCUGUCUAAAUACCCAGAGACAGUAAAAUUCUGUUUUCUUUGUGGUUUAGUUUAUUUCUUAUAAACUAGGAAUGAGUACUUUCAAAUACAGUCAGGAGCUUCAUAGCCACAUGUGGCUUUGCUUUCCAUUUUUUCUCUGACUACGUGUGAUUUUCAUGGAUUAAUCUCUGAUGGUCUCUUUUUGCUUUAUUUUGGAGGCAUUUUCAGUUCAUGAUUUAGCUUCGGCUGUCAUUGGGAAGCUGGCUUAAUGUUCUUUCUUGACUUUGCCCGCCAUCAACACCCUGUGGUAUUUCUGGCUGGCAUUUUUCUCUGCAUGGAUAUGUUUGCUUCUCCAUGCCUAGGAGCCUUCUCCGUUUCAUUGUAAGCACGGCGAUUUGUGCAUUCCCACCACCUGGCAGUUGGCAAAAAGCUCUGGGAAGCCGCUUUUGCUUCCCAGUCAUGAGAUGAAAUGUAAAUGUGCAUAAGGUCCAUGCCCUGACCCAACGUCCAAGAUUCUGAGUGCAUAGGCGGAUUGCCAUGUGCUAAGGUAAAGCGGAAAUAUCGAAGCACCAAAUGCUCCCGUCAUGACCGGAGACAUUUAAAGUUACAUCCUGAUAUUUUUGGUGGAAGAAUCUCAUUCUUAAUAUUACACAAGGGAAGGUCAAAGGAUAUAGGACAUAUAACUCUCCUUUUUUGAAUAUUAGAAAUUGGGUGAAAAUAAGAAUGUCAUUGCUUGUUGAAUAGAUAUUUUCAAAGUCAGAGUAUUAGUGGGGGCUGGGGCUUAGGAAUGCAAUUGUAAAAGAGAGUGAUGGAUAUUCUCUUGGCAGAAAAAUUAUAUAGACCUCAUAUCACAGCCAUUAUAGAGUUAAGGAUUGUCAUGCGCUUGGGUAAAACAAAUGAAUAGGCCCUUCUGUUGUGCUGAUUGGAAGAGUCUUACAGAGCUGAGAGCCUAAGGGAAAGCGAUUUCAGAAACAUUUAUUUUUUCAAGCCAUUUGCAUCUCUUUUGAAAUGUUAGUUAUCACUAUAGUUUUUAGCUUCCUGUAAUUCCUUUCUGCCAGUAGCCAACUAGUUGAGUAUCAUUUUCCAGGUCUAUCUCUAGCAAGAGAAAGUUUCCCAGUCAUUAUUUUGUGCUUCAGAAUGAUUCUAUGUGUAAUUAUGCAACUUCAGUAAGAUCACAGUUAUUAAAGUGAGCGCCUACUUUAGUGACUAUGGCUAUUGGUCUUUGACUAUCUGCAUGCUUCUGGGUAUAGAAAAAUACAAGAGAAACUAGAAAUCAUACCUCAUUCUUUGUAACCAUACAUAGAUGACUGUUAAGUCAUCAGCUAUACCUUCUGUGUGAGUGGCAUGACCAAAGAAGUAGACUUCCUGAGGUCUCUCUUUUUUUUUUUUUUUGAUACAGAGUCUUGCUCUUUUGCCCAGGCUAAAGUACAAUGGUGCAAUCUUGGCUCACUGCAAUCUCCACCUCCCAGGUUCAAGCAAUUCUCUGCCUCAGCCUCUUGAGUAGCUGAGAUUACCGGCGCCCACCACCAUGCCCAGCUAAUUUCUGUUGUAUCUUUAAUAGAGACAGGGUUUCACCAUCUUGGCCAGGCUGCUCUUAAACUCCUUGACCUCAUGGUCCACCCGCUUUGGCCUCCCAAAGUGCUGGAUUUACAGGCAUAAGCCACCAUGUCUAGCCGCCAAUCUUUAUUUCAUGAAAUUUUGUGUCUUCUCUGCAGUGGAAAUGCCUUAGUUUUUAUUUCAAUGUUUUUGUUUCAAAAUUAUAUUGUGAGAUUCCCUUUUCUGAUUAUUCUCUUGCACAUGCUUACAAGAUGAGGAGUAUGACAGCAUGUAAGCUUUUCAAGGUGACCUCAGAAUUUUCUCUCUGAGGGACCUCUAGGGACUUUCACAUGUGGUAUAUUGAAUCAAAUGGUACUUUAAAAAUCCAGCUAUAGAAAUAAUUAUAUUCUAGGCAUUUUAAGAAAAUACCAAUUUUUCAGAGGGUUCUUAAUUGAUUUUGAUUUUUUUUUUUUUUUUUUACUAGUAUAAACUUUAAUAAUGGAGGAAUUGAAACUCAGAAGCUGGACCAGGAAACAAGCAGAGAAGAGUAAUGACUUCAUUACAUAGAUUUUCAAAUAGAUUAUGUCAUUUUGGGUUCCUCAGUUAUGCUAACUUAUGAAGGAUAUAUUAUUAGAUUGGAAGGAAUAUUUAGUCUCUUCAUAUUUAGAAAGCUCAGACUGUAAGUCCUCUCUUAGUUAAACCCCUCCAGAUACAAAUUCUACUCAUUUGUAUAAAGGCCCAGCUGUUAAGAUAUUUCUUGUCUUGAAAGCUGGCCCUACCCUACACCCUACUCAUCCACUUGCAACCCCCAAAAAGGAAAUUGUCUUCACCUUCUGCUUAAAUCUGUCACAAAUAUGUUUCUUCUUCAUCCUUUUUCAUAGUCAUUUGUACCCUUGUGUUAUUUCCAGUGUCAGAAUGGGAGCUAAAUGUGAGAAGGCAUAGUAGGGUGUUCAUCAUCACACUCCCCACACUCAGAGCACAGUUUUGUAGGUCUUGAAUAGAUGACUUCAUCUUAUGUAAAUGGAUGGCUUAUUUCGUUGAAACAAAAGCAGGCUUUUUAUUACUAUUACUUGUUUUGCUCUUUAAAUACCACACUGGUACCAUGUUAAAGUCAGGAGUCUCAUCAAGCCCCAGGAUGGGAAUCAGGAGACUUGAGGUCUAGGCUCAGCACUGCCUCUGACCCAUUUUUCCACAAAUCAGUGAACCUCUCUGGACUGCACUCUCAUCUGAGAAAAGAGGGUGUUGUGUUAUAGGAUCUGGCAGGUUUCUCCAGCUCUGAAAUUCACUGGUGGCGUCAUCUAUCAUGGAGAAUGGCAUGGCUGUCUCCUUUAUUUUCUCUGCGUACCACAGAUAUUCAGAAUCCACCACAGCAUGAAUAUAGAUGUGGUCUGUCAGUGUGACAAAGACUGUUCUCAAGAGGAAAUUACUGGGUUUGACAGCCACCCAACCCUGGGUUUAGUUUUUGGGAUGUCACUAUAGCAAGUGUUGUGGCCGGUGUAUCCAAUUCCUCAUCUACAUGUAUGGCUGAAUAUGCUGUUCUUGCUGCAAUAGCAUGAGGGCUAUUUUUCUUUUAAUUCAGCUGUCACAUAGGAAACUGCUGCCAUGGUUUCUUUCUAUGACCAAAUGUUGCUAACCCUUUCAGUCAUCCUUGAAGUUAUUAAUAGCCACACAUCAUGAAUGUAUUCAUGCCAUUUCCUUUAUAGAAAAAGGAAUCAAUUUCUCGUGUUUUUCUUUUGUAGUAGAUAGCUGACUUCUAAUGGGAAUUUUUGAUAAUAUUGAAUGUCAUAUUUAUAAAAUAAGAGAAAUCUGUAUUUAAUAAAACACAUAUUUUAUGAGAUGUUUAACUUUGUUUUAAAGUGCUAUGGAAAAGAAGGCCAGGAAUUAAGAAUUACAUCGAAGUUUUGAUUGUCCACCUUAUAUGUAGACUAAAAUCACGACCAAAGAUUUCCAGUACUACAUUUUUAUCUAUGACAGCAGCCUAUGUGCCUUAUGUCUGGCUAUAUUGUCUACCUACCUCCUACCCCAUCAUUCUCCUCCAUCAGGCUACCUCACAUGGAGGCAUCCUUGACAUUCAAAGAGUUCUCCAAAGACCAGUGGCGUCAGCAUCAGGGUGCUUAUUAGCAGUGCCAUAUCUCAGGCCCCACUCCAAAGGUACUGAGUCAGACAUGUUUACUUUAAUAUUCCUAGGCGAUUUAUAUGCACAUUGAAGUUUGAAAAUCACUGGCCUACCCUAGUUGAAUUUUGGAUAAUUAAUUAGAGUAAAUUAUCAUUUCUGUUACUUCCUAACUUCAAUAGCUUUUUAUUGCCUACCAGAUAAUGUCUAGAUUCCUUAGCCUGACAUACAAGGCCCAAUAGCCAGAAACAUACAAGGCCCUGUAGACAGAAACUGCUGUGCCUUUUUUGCAUGCCCUCCAGUAUUUCCCAGAUCAAACAUUGUCCUCCGCCAUUCUGGUCUUCUUGCCAUAUACUGCCUCAUUUCUCUUCUAGGGUUUUUGUUCAUGCCAGGUUCAGUGCUGUCUUUCCUCCUCCUCCUACUUCCCCAUCCACAUAUCUGAAUGGUAUCCAUUCCUUAGCUGAAUAUUCUUCUAUGUAACCUUUCUUUCUUUUGAGACAGAAUCUUACUCUGUCACUCUGUCACCCAGACUAUAGUGGCAUGAUCUCAGCUCACUGCAACCUCUGCCUGCUAGGUUCAAGUGAUUCUCCUGCCUCAGCCUCCCAAGUACCUGGGAUUACAGGCACCUCCCACCAUGCCCAGCUAAUUUUUGUAUUUUUAGUAGAGAUGGAGUUUCACCAUGUUGGCCAGGCUGGUCUCAAAUUCCUGACCUCAAGUGAUCUGCCAGCCUUGGAGCCCCAGAGAGCUGGGAUUACAGGCAUGAGCCACUGCACCUGGCCCUAUGUAGCCUUUCUUUAUCACUCUGGCCCACAGAAUAUCUUUCCUCUUCCUUAGAACUCCUGUGACACUUGCCAUAUUGACAUAUCUAAUAGUAGCAACCGCAACACCACUGGCAACUAAUAUUUACUUAGUGUUUUCCAUGUGCUAAGCACUGUGCUGAACGAAUCCUCACAGGAAACUCGGGUUGGGCUCUGUCUGCCCCCAUUUUACACAUGAGAAAAAAGCUCAGAGAAGUCUAAGAACUUGCUCAAGGCCAUCAGCUGGUGACUAAUGGAACCAAGAUUCAAACCCAAGGAGGCUGCCUUUCCAGCUUGUGCUCUUAAUCACUGUUAUAUUCCUUUCUCGCUUCUUUUGACAGUGUAAAGACCCUGAAGGUAGAAACCAUUGCUUUUUUUAAAAAAUUUUUUAUUGCAUUUUAGGUUUUGGGGUACAUGUGCAGAACAUGCAAGACAGUUGCAUAGGUACACACAUGGCAGUGUAUGUUUUGCUUCCUUUCUCCCCUUCACCCACAUUUGGCAUUUCUCCCCAGGCUAUCCCUCCCCAGCUCCCCCCCCCCGCUGGCCCUCCCCUUUCCCUACCAAUAGACCCCAGUGUUUAGUACUCCCCUCCCUGUGUCCAUGUGUUCUCAUUUUUCAUCACCCGCCUAUGAGUGAGAAUAUGCGGCAUUUCAUUUUCUGUUCUUGUGUCAUGCUUUUGUAUCCCUCCAUUGCCUAGCAUAAAACGAGGAAGCAAGGCCAAUUCACUCUGCCCUAAGAGCAUUCUUGAGGUGCUGGUUGCAUGAUUAUAUGGCUUUUCCCUGUUCCUAUGAAGUGGUUUGGUUUGGAUUGUUAUACUUGAGAUUUCAUUUGAAAAAAUAUACAAAAGGAAGCUGAUGCAACAUUUUAUCCAUCAAACUGUAGAAGGCAUUCCAGUUCAGAUUGCUCUGAUAGGAACCCAUGUGUUAUGCAUCUUGCCUAUGGAAUUAUAUCACAAGACCAAAGUAUUUGCCAAAUAAAUUAUAAAAGCAAAAUAUAUUGAAAAUUGCUGAAUGGAGUUUUAUCAUAAUUUUAACUGGAGUGGGAGUGCUAAACGUAAUUCAUGAUUUUCUCUUCAUAAGGCAGGAUUAUACUUUGAUUCACUUGGAAGACUCUUUAAUCAGUUACUCUGAGUUUAGCGUUGUGUUUUAUAAAUUCCAGCUGGGCCACAUUAUCUGCUCUCCUCUCCUUGGUUACAACCUGCUGCUGGAGAAAAUCAGGGCAAAGCAGUGGUCAAAUCCACUGCAGACUUAGUGUGAAGCCUUGUAGCUCCUGCGCUUGCUCUUGCCUCUGCCUAUCCCAGUCCUUGAAACGACUGAUGAUGGCUCCUUUGGUAGACUCCGGCUCACGCAUUUCCUAAGCCAGCCCCAGGAAAGGCAGAACAAGUACUAACACGAGUAACCUUUACUUUCCCCCCUACUCUUCCUGUUUAUCACUCACUUCUACCUGCCUCCCACUCAUGGAAUUUUUAGAAUUUUACAAUCCCAGGACUGAUUACUGGUGCCUAGACAUGGAUACUGGACUCUUGUCAUCAUUCCCUACCCUCCUCCUUUCUCCCAGUGCCAUAUCCUCCACAUGCCACAGUUCUAGUCUCCUUAGCUGCCAAUAAGCCCAAGAAUCAAUGUUGACACCACUUUUUCUUCCUUAUCUUCGCUUAGAACCCAGGCCUCUGUCCAAGGCCUUUUGUUCUGACCCAUACUGUGGACCCGCACUGUUAAAUGGGCUCUGGAGCUUGGGCCUGCGCUUGGCUGAUCUGAGAUCCAAAGCUUACUUACCACUUGCCUUCUUUCUUUCUUUCUUUCUUUUUUUUUUUUUGACAGAGUUUUGCUCUUAUUACCCAGGCUGGAGUGCAAUGGCGCAAUCUUGGCUCACUGCAACCUCCGCCUCCUGGGUUCAGGCAAUUCUCCUGCCUUAGCCUCCUGAGUAGCUGGGAUUACAGGCAUGCACCACCAUGCCCAGCUAAUUUUUUUUUGUAUUUUUAGUAGAGACGGGGUUUCACCAUGUUGACCAGGAUGGUCUCGAUCUCUUGACCUCAUGAUCCACCCGCCUCGGCCUCCCAAAGUGCUGGGAUUACAGGCAUGAGCCACCGCGCCUGGCCUACCUUCAUUCUUUAAUGCAUCUGCCUCCCCAUAUACAUUCCACAGUGAAUUAGUUUCUCUCUCUCUCUCUCUCUCUCUCAUCAAGUGUAAUGUCUGAGAAAUCGCUAAACUCUGCUAUCCAUCUUCCUGGAUCUCUUGCUUAGAUCACUUGGUGCCGGCCUUGAUCCCAGAAUGGGACCAUGUCACCAUGUUGGCCAGGAUGGUCUCAAUCUUUUGACCUCAUGAUCCGCCUGCCUCAGCCUCCCAAAGUGCUGGGAUUACAAAGUGUUUGGGCUACCAGAAUCUGUCUUCUGUACUCAGUUCCCCCACCCUGGUCCUGAGUCAUUCCAGAAUGCCUUCUGUUUCACGUAGAGAUCUGGUAUGCCUGUCACAGAGGUCAUCAAUUACUAUCCAGGAGAAAUGUAACUCAGCUGGCUACAGUUUCCCAUUAGAGGGAUGGCAAGUAGUUGACAUGCCUGCCACUGACCUCUCCUUUACCUGUGGCUGCCCACUUCUGCAGAACUCAAGAGUUCUUGGUAUAAUUCCCCAAGCCAACUCAGAGUUGUCAUAUGAGAUGAAAUCUCUUCUUUUCUCUGUAAGGAUUUAUUCUCUGUGAUAGUUGUACCAAACCUUCUCCUCUACUGUGCUUUGCAGAUGGUCUUACCUUUUUCUUCAUGGAGAUAAUCAUGGUCUCUUCUUGGGUUUACUGCCUUUUCUUCACCUCUCAAGUUUUCUCUAUGCAAAAGAGAGAAUUUUAUUUCUAAGGAAAAUUCUUUUUUUCCUAAUUCCUCUUUUUUUCUGGUCUCAUCUCUUUCCCCACGCUCCCCUUUUUGUUUUUGGAGACGGAGCCCUGUCUAUCGCCAGGCUAGAGUGCAGUGGCGCAAUCUUGGCUCACUGCAGCGUCCACCUCCCAGGUUCAAGAUUUUCUCCUGCCGCAGCCUCUCAAGUAGCUGGGACUACAGGCACCUGCCACCAUGCCCAGCUAACGUUUUAUAUUUUUAAUAGAGAUGAGUUUCACCAUGUUGGCCAGGAUGGUCUCAAUUUCUUGACCUCAUGAUCCACCACCUCAGCCUCCCAAAUUGCUGGGAUUAUAAGCAUGAGCCACCAUGCCCAGCCCUCUUCCCCCUUUUCUUAAUCUAAGAUGUUUCUCCAUUAGUCAUUCUUAUUUUUGUUUAUAAUGCCCAUCCCUGCCUGAAGAUAUACUCACAUCCAUCCUAGAAAGCUGCUGUCCCCAACUAAGUGCCUUCAGUUCCCCCUGUUCUUUUUCGCCGGGUUCAUUGUUGCCAGCUUCUCACAGCAUUCAGCACCCUGCCUAGACAACCAGUCCUUGAUUCUCGCUCUUCCCCUGCUUUCAUUGCGUUUUUCACUGCAGUGACAGUGGGUCCCAUUCAUUGAUUGCCCACUGCAUAUUACCUUACUUAGCCCUUGCAGUGACUCUCCACAUCAACUGGUAUUUCUGUCCAUUUUACAGAUAAAGCUGAGAGUCCUUUAUUGCUAAAUUCAAGCCAAACUGAACUAAUUUUCAAUUUUUUUUUUUUUUUUUUUUUUUGGUCAAAGAAAAGAAGUCACAGAACUGAGCCCCUAGGGCAAUCAGAAUUUUUUAUUUGAUUAUAAUCAUGUUGCUGGUACCUGUUAAUGGUCAAGUGUUUUCAUAACCUCAAAACGUUAUUUUCUUAUUUAGGAAUGCCACUGCCUAGUAGUAAUGAUGGAGUAGACUGAAUUUACACAUAGAAUAAAAUGUCUGCGUUCCCAUGUUAAUUGCAGCACUCUUCACAUUAGCUGAGAUAUGGAAACAAUGUAAGUGCCCGCCAUUGGAUGACUGGAUAAAGCAAUUGUGGUAUACCUGUACAACAGAAUAUUAUUCAGCCUUAAAGGAAGUCCUGCCAUUUUUGACAGCAUGGGGGAAUUUGGGGACAUUAUGCUAAGGGAAAGAAGCCAGAUACAGAAAGAUAAAUAUUGCAUGAUAUUACCUUUAUGUGAAAUCUUGAAUAGUCAAAUUUAGCAAAACAGAGUAGAAUGGUAGUUGGUAGGGGCUGCAGAGUGUGGAAGGUGGGGAGAUGUCGGUCAAAGGAUACAAACUUUCAGUUGUAAGAUGAAUAAAUUCUAGUGAUCUAAUGUACAGCGUGGUAACUAUAGUUAAUGUGUUGUGUACUUUACAUUUGCCAAGGAUGUAGACCUUAAGUGUUUUCAACACACACACACACACACACACACAGGCACGCACACGUGUGAACCACGUCAGGUGAUGGAUAUGCUACUUAGCUUGACCGAGUCAUUACACAAAGUAUACUUUUAUCAAAAUGUUAUCUUGUAUACCUUAAAUAUACACAAUUUUUUUUCAGUCUUACCUCAAAAUAUGUCUACACAGACUUAGUAUCAUUCAUGAGUCAUGUUAAAGGAUAUAUUUAGAAACAAAAAUACAUAAAAAAUGCUUUUCUUAACCCAAGUCUUAUUGUUAAGAUUCCUCAUAAUCCAUUCAUAACUUCAGUUAUAAAUCCUUGCCUUGGUAUAUCAAGACUUGUUCAAGAAGAGGAAGGGGUAGGAGGGUUUCACUCUUGUUUUCUCCUUGUAAAAAUUUAACUGUGUUUGCAGGAGAGAGUAUUUGACAAAUACAUGAACAAAUGAAUGAAUGAAAUGAGCAAAGAAAUGGAAUUAAUCUGAUAGAAGUUUGCAUGUUCAAAUUAUGUGUUAAGUUGGAUAGAGCAGCUGCUGGUCCUUACUCUUUUUCUGGGCCUAUUUCAAAUGCUCUUCUUUACUAGGCUUUAAAUUGCAGAUUUAGACUUGGAGGCCUUAACAAAUAUGAAUUGAGUACACAUUUGUAUAGAGAUUUAAACUGCUGUUCUUACAAAAUUGUCACAGUAGUUUUAAAUUCCGUCAGAAGGCUUUUAAUCAAACCCCAUCAGAGUCAACUUUGAUUCUUUGGAUGGUACUUUCUUUUUCUUUCUCUCUUUCGCAUUGUCUAGUAAAGCAGUUUCUUCAAUGACCAGUUUUGUCAUAGAGUUGGUGCCAUUUAUCCUGUAGUUACAAAUUUAUCAUCACAGGUAGCUAGAUGUACUUCUCAUAGACAGCUUGUAUCCACACAUUGGUGGUUUUUUUUCCCAUUUUUUCUUGAGCCAUUCUCCCCAGAAAACACAAAUUGGUUGUUUUGGGGGGAAAAAUUAGACUGUUCUUCAGGGAUAUUUAUUUUCAUAUGAUUCAUUGUGCAGAGAAUGGAGUUGUGCCCUAAGGGCUCGGUCCUGCUCUCUUGAUGCUGGUAUCCAUUGCUAGGUGUGGCUCAAUUUAACGGGAAGGACAGCUAGAUGGCAUAUAUAUCCACAUGUCAGAUGGCAGCAUCCAUCUUUGAAACAGGAAUCUUGGUGGGAAAAGUUCAAUUUUUUAACAAAUGUGAAAUCAUCUCAAUCAUUUUUAUUUCCAAUUAAAUUAAUGUCUGAUAUAAACACUGUAGGCUAGCAGAGUAUUUGAUACCAUUUGGUUUGCUCUCUCUUUUAGUUUCUAAUUUUCAUUGUAGUUCUUAGGGUUUGCUUUUUGAGUGUGAGUUUAUGGCGGAAUAAAUCACAUUAGCUUUGGUGGGUAGAUUGAGUUUUCUCUAAUGACCUUUACUAACCAACACACAUUUUCCUCUUAGGCAAAAAAGCCAGAGUGGAUUGUUGUUUAUUUGACUGACAAAGAAGGCAUUUCUCAUUUUCUUUAGUGACUGAAAUAAGUUGUUUCACCAUAAAUUAAAUGUGAAAUAAAUGUAUGAUCCUCUCAGUGAACCAGAUUGAGAGCCAAGCACCUUUGUAGUAGAUCUCUUUCACCAGUUGGUGGUGCCAAAAACUCUGCUAAGAGACUGAUUAAAAGAAGAGAAGGUUAACCUAUUGAGAAGGAGCCUUUCUCAAUAAGCGUUAUUUUCAUAGCUUUUGAAAAAUUUGUACUAAAAACAUAUGCCCAAAUUAUCACAUUUUAGAAGGUUAGGAAGCAAACCCAAUCCCUCUGGUGACCUGCAGAAUGCACUUCUAGUAAGCUUCUGUUAUGAUGUCAUUGGCCCAUGUUAAUAUGCACAUACUGGAAAUUGCAAAGUUGUGUCACAUAUGACUCCAUCCUAGAAAUAGCUUUUAGUCUGCUUGCCUGGUGAAUAGAGGCAAUAAUGUAUACAGAGUAGAGUGAUGUUCCUGGAUAUAUUUAUUGUCAAAUUUAGGUCUUUAAGAAUAUUGACUUGUGUUAUUAUUAAUAGGAUUUCUUGAACAUUAAUACAUUCCUGUGAUGGCAGGAACAUUCCUUUUUCUUUUUUUGAGACCAGAGUCUUGCUCUGUUGCCGAGACUGGAGUGCAGUGGCACAAUCUUGGCUCACUGUAGCCUCUGCCUCCCUGGUUCAAGUGAUUCUCAAGCCUAAGCCUCCCAAGUAGCUGGGUCUACAGGUAUGCACUACCACGCCUGGCUCAUUUUUGUAUUUUUAGUAGAGACAGGGUUUCAUUACAUUGGCUAGGCUGGUCUCCAACUCCUGGCCUCAGGUGAUCUUGCCUGCCUCAGCCUCCCUAAGUGCUGGGAUUACCGGUAUGAGCCACCACCGUGCCCAGCCUUUCAUAACUGUCUGUUAAUUACUUAUAUAGAUUAUCUACUGCUCAGUUUUUCCAAUUUAUAAAAUGGAGAUAAUAGCAUCUUUCCCUCAGAGUUGGCGUAAACAUCACCUGAGAUCACAGAUGUGCUGCUUAGUUGCUCCUCACCCUAUUCUUUUCUGGUUUGAAGCUCAGACUCAGUUCUUCCUGAGCCUCCACCACAUCUCCUGCUCUUGGCCAAGGCCUAAGGACAGGAGUCCCUCCUGUGUCUGAUGAUGCCUCCUGCUGCAUUUAUGAGAAGAUUUUUCCAGGUUGUAAAGUUCCACAAGGAUUUUGUAAAGACUCACAAAAGAGAUACUCGUAUUAUUAGGUGUAUGUGGUGUUCAGAUGUUUUCCCAUCUACCCUGGGAUGUUUACAUGUUGAUCUGAAUCUGCCUAAAUGUUUCAGAUUGGAGAAGGGGGCACAUGAUUGCUGGCAGGUGUAGCAGUGGUGCCCACAACAGUGCAUUCAUCCAUUUCUUCCACAAACUUUUACUGAACAUUAUUAUUGCUGGGUCUCUGGCCUACAAAGAUGAAUUCCCACAGAGCAUGAAGAUGCUUCUGAGAACUGCAGACUCAAGAAGCAGGAUUCUUUCUGCUUGGCAGGAAUUGAUAGGCAGCCCUUUUCUAUGGAAGAGCAAGAAAGAUACAUUUAAAUAUUUAAAAAAUAUUAUUUUUAAUAUAAUAAAGAAUGAACAAAUCAGAAGAAGGCUUCAGUGUGGUUGGUAAAAUCAUAAAACACUAUGAAUUAGGAGCUUUCGCCAGUAGAGAAUUUUAAAAUACAACUGUCUAAGGUAUAUAUAUUUUUAGGACUAGCACAACUAACAUCUUUGAUUAGAUUCAUUUGAAAGAUUCAGACCGUUAAGAUUUAGAGAUUACAGAAUCAUAGAAUUGGAUGGUGGCAGGGACUUUAGGAGUCACAUAUGCCAUCUCUCUUAUUUUCUAGCUAAGAAAAUGGAAGUCAAACAAACGUAUAUGGCGCACCCAAGGUUACAUGGACCUGGAUCAAAACUCAGGUCCCCUGACUUUCAGUUCCAUGCCAAGGCGUUAUUCUUCCAUCCUAACUCCUAUACAAUGAGCCAUUUUCAUUAGAUAUACACUUGUUCCAUCUCAAUUAACCUUCAUGCUAACUAUGGAGUAUUAUGUCUGCCCAGUUACCAGAAUGAAAACUUUGGCUGUACCUUUGGCAGUUAAUGAAGGUGCUCCUACUUCCAUCUCAGAGCUGAGCUGAGGGGAGGCAGGGCACACCAGGCCUGUCAUGUGCAGUUCUCAGUCAGAGCCAACGAGUUCCCCACAGAAGCAGGCAGCGUUUUCAUUCACGCCUGCCUUGUCUGCUUCUCGUUUCUUGCUAGAUGAAUGGCAUCAUAUGCUGCAGGUGUAUUAGUAAUUUCUGAGUUUGUUCUCCACUAAAAAUGACCUCAUUGUUUUGUGCUUCUUUUCCAUAAUUAUACAGUAACAGGAAAAUAAACCAGCUCUGAGUACAGCCUACAGCAGAAAUCUUGUGCUCUUUAUGCAAGUUUGAUUUAUAGACGUGUACUGCAGAGCAGAGUGACUAUGAAACAUUCAUCUUCCCAUUGCUAGUUGCCAUGGAAAUCGAGUACACAGAGCAGUGUCAUUCCAGUCCUGGUGAUGCCUGCAGUAGUUUAUUCCUUUGUUGUUCCCGUUUCUUAAGCAACUGCCUAGCAUUCUUUCAUCGUUACAAUUAAUCAUGCACACAAGGUUUUAUCUUUCGUCACACGUAGAAAGUACUAAAAAUAUAUGACAAAAAUAGGGAGAAUUUAAAUAUUCCUAUGGCUUUAAAUAUGCAUUUGUAAUUUUCACCCUCAGUCCCAUUGGAAAAGUAGGUCAUGUAAAAGAGAAAAGCAUGUAUUAAUGUUCAGAUAGUUCAAUAAAGAGCGCAGUAUAGAAAUUUGAGGGAAAAACAAUGCUAAGCCCAGAAAGCCCAAGAAAGCUUAAGGAACUUCAGAUUCUGAGGUUCCCCCAGGAUUUAGAUCUAAAUAAACCUGGGCAAUGCCAACCAAAGAAAAAAAAAAAAGCCCUUGAGCUAUGUAUAAUCAACUCCUGUUUUGUUUUGUUAGUCUCCUUAAUGGUUUGAACAAUCUAAAUAUUUGCUGGAUAGACAUGGUAGAUGUUAGAAAAGAGAUCCUUUUUUUUAAGGGCCAAUAAAGUUCAGGAUUUUUUUUAAGUGGAAGUAAAAGGAAUUCUAGUUUUGUUUUGUUUUUUUUUUUCAGUGAAAUCACUUUACCUCAGUUUUAUCCCACAUGGUUCAUAGUAUAUACCAUACCAACAAUGAAUAAAUGCUUGUUGAUUAGCCACUGUCGUCUUUGGUGCACUUCUUGCCAUUCCGUUGUCUAAGAAUAAUUGUCUGGAUCUCAAUCCCUGCUACAUUGCUUAUCAGCUGUGAGACCUUUGAAAAGUAUCUCAGCUUGCCUUAGUUUCCCCAUCUGUAGAGGGAGCAGCUAUAAAAUGAAGAUAAUGACGGGUUGUUAAGACGCUUAAUAGGGAUAAUUCGUGCAAAUGGCUCAGCCCUGUGCCUGGCACAGGACACGUGCUCUGUCAGUGGGGACUGCUGCCGUGGCAGUGGUGAUAGUGGUGAUUUCUAUUGCCAUGACUACUACAGGCCACAACUGAGUGCAGAACUGUGCUUUGACCUAGAGAGUAAUACACUGUUGAUCUACAGGAAUUCCAGCCCCAAAGCCACAGGACUCUGUUCCCAGCAUCUAAGCUCACAGGAUGAUUGCUGGUGCUUUGUUUUGCUUGGGCUACUUGUUUCAUCUCAGGACUUUGGAUACUAGGAUGGUGUCUGAGAAGUGUUUACAAGGGUCUUUUUAUCUGUGAAUUGAGAAGAGAAGGCUGCUACAGGCAGUCCUUGAAGAUGCAAAUUUUUCAUCUUUGACCUGGAUUUGUUUCUUAAAAGGAGCUGUGUGUGGAGCACGUUGGGAGGGAGUGGGCUGCCUUUAAAUGUCUUGAGGAAGGUUCUUGUGUUUGUCUACAGAGUCUGAAAUAACGUCUGACCUGCUGCCUCUCACCCCCAAAUCCCCACUUGUCACUCAGCAGUGGCUGCAGCAUUCCUUCAGCCUUUCUGGAAUUGAAGUUUUCCUAACUGGUGGCAGAAGCAUUCUUUGUUGAAAUUCAGUCUCCUUGGCAGUUCUCCAGGGCACACGGCAAUGCCUAUUUGUUUGAUUUAGCUUUUGUUUGGUUAGCCUUGUAUUUUGUCUGUUUUGCUUUGUGAAGUUCUUUUUUCUCCAAAUUUUCAUGUUUAAAUCCCAUGGACUUCACUUUUAUUUAUUUUACUAGCUUGCUUUAAAAUACUGCUAAAAAGUUGUUUGCUUUACGUUACCACAAAAUGAGUAGUUUUGGAUUCAUUUGUCUUUUUCCCCCAAGCCUGAUCCAUAGUGUGUGUACUAGGUGCACUGUUGUUAAUGAUUAAAAGAAAAUAGCCUUUAUAGAUUGCACUUUGUACAUCCUAAUAUUAUACCACAUUGUCUCCAGUUCUCUUUAUUUAGCUUUGUUUUUUCCCUGUCCUCCCAUGUUUAUUCUAAAGGGAUAGAAGUAGCUUAACUUUUCUGAAUUUUUUCUUCUCUCACCUCUGCUCUUCUUCCUGCUUCUCCCCACGAGAUAAAAACCUGUCCGACUCUCCUGUCUUCCAAGCGAUGCUGGCGACACUCUAAGUGACAUGAGUGCCCUAAGACACCCAUUUUUUUUUGGUAACUAAGCAUUCAGUGACUGAAACUUAGGCCUUCUCUAGACAUUUUUAUUUAUUUAUUUAUUUUUGAAACAGAUUCUCAAUUUGCCCAGGCUGGAGGGUAGUGACACAAUCUCAGCUCAUUGCAGUCUCUACCUCAUGGUUCAAGUGAUUCUCAUGCCUAAGCUUCCUGAGUAGCUGGGAUUACAGGUGCCCACCACCACGCCCAGCAAAUUUUUGUUUUUAGUAGAAAUGGGGUUUCACCAUUCCAUGUUGGCCAGGCUGGUCUUGAACUCCUGGCCUCUAGUGAUCUGCCCGCCUUGACCUCCCAAAGUGCUGGGAUUACAGGCAUGAGCCACUGCAACCAGCCACUAGAUAUUUUAAAUCCUCUCGAGACCUCUGAUUGUAUGUGUGGCCUUCACCUCACACUCAAUGUGGCCACCAUGCACUCUUGCCUUCUUUUUGUCCCCUAAUCACUGUAAGAGAGAUCUUUGCCCUUGCUCUUUUAUUCUCAGGCUUGUAUCUUUCUUUGUUUUGCGAACGAAUAUUUGUUAGAAUCUUCUGCAUUGCAGACACUGGGAUUAUAUGAAAAUGAACAAGAUAGACACAGCUCUGCCCUCUAGGAGCUUAGAGUCUAGUUGAGGAUAUAGGUGGUUAGAAUCCAAGAUGGUUAAUCCUGAAAGAUGACUACAAAAUGCUAUGGACAAGAAGAAUGCUUAAUGCAGACUGGGGAGGAGGCACCAAGGCUGACUUCAGAGGAAGUGAUGGCCUGCAUAGACUUUGCCUCAGCCAGGCAAGGCAUAUUCUGGACAGUAAGCAUCUGCAGAGGUCAGUGGGAGAACAUGAAUAACUGAGAGUUAUUACACAUGAUUAGCCUACUAUCAAAUAUACCUAUUUUUUCUUUUUUUGAUGAGUGGAUUGAACCAGAAGGAUGAAUGCAGAGUCAGAAGACUGGAGAGAUAGACUGGGCCAGAUGAUAAGGGUCUUGUAAGCUUUGUCGAAGAGUUCAGGCUUUAUCCUGAGGAUAUCAGGAAGCCAUCGAAAUGUUAUAUGUAGGCCUGUUGCCCAGGCUGGAGUGCAAUGGCAGGAUCUCAGCUCACUGCAACCUCCUGGGUUCAAGUGAUUCUCCUGCCUCAGCCUCCCAAAUAGCUGGGAUUACAGGCACCCACCACCACACCUGGCUAAUUUUUUGUACUUUUAAUAGAGAGGGAGUUUUACCAUGUUGGCCAGGCUCGUCUCAAACUCCUGUCCUCCGAUGAUCCGGCCCACCUUGGCCUCCAAAGUGCUGGGACUUCAGAUGUGAGUCCCAUGCCUAGCCGAUGUGAUCAGACUUAUAGUUUACAUGAUCUCUCAUAGUGUAGUGUGGAGAAUGGAUUAAAUUGUGGCCAGAAGAGCCUCUAUUUGGGCUGAUCCUAGGGACCACUUUCCCAACUUAACCUUCUCUUGAGCCCCGCUGGGCUUGUGCAGCCCAGCAUGUGUUUUUCUGAUUAGCAUAAGGGCUAAUCUCAAACAUCAGCUCCCUUUCUCUAGCUUCCUGCCUUAGAGGCUGGGACUGUAUCUUCUCCCUUGCUUUGGGCUGGCUCUUGCUCUACACUAAAUGUGUCAUCUGAAGCACCAACUAGAUCCUGGUUUUACUGUUGGCCAGAGAGUCUGUUGUUUUGUGCACUAUCUUGGCUCCCCUGGGAUUUAGGCGCCAGCUUAGAUAUAGCCUGAGUUCAGUGAUCUCCUUUGACCCCUGAAAUUCAUUGCCAUUUACACGGUUGGUCCUUUCUGCUCAGCCAGUCUGGAAAAACCUGCUGCUGAGGAAAUCCCCCUAGCCCUCUCUUUCCCACUCGUAGUUGAGUAUCCUAGAUACUUCACCAUUGAUCUCCAUUGUAUACCUAUAUAGAACAAUACAUUGGAUAAGAUGGAUUGAGGUAAGGUGAGGGGAACUAGCCUGCAGGUUGAGUAUCUCUUAUCCAAAGUGCUUGGGACCAGAAAUGUUACAAAUUUUUUAUUUUUUCAGAAUUUGGAACAUUUGCAUAUGCAUAAUGAGAUGUCAUAAGAAUGAGACCCAAGUCUAAAUACAAAAUUCAUUUGUUUCAUACAUACCUUACACACAAAGCCUGAAAGUAAUUUUAUACAAUAUCUUUCAUAAUUUUGUACACAGAAAGUUUGUCUUAAGUACCUAUGUGUGGAAUUUUCCACUUGUGUUGUCAUAUUGGUGCUCAGAAAGUUUGAGAUUUUGGAUUUCCAGAGCAAGUUACUUCUCUGUGCCUCAGUUUCUUCAUUUAUAAACUACAGGUGUUAAGAGAACAUACAUCAGAGUUGUUUGGAGGAUUAAGUGAGCAAAUGCCUAUAGAAACACUGUGCCUGGCCCAUAAUUCGCUCUCACUACGUAUUCAUGUUGUUAUUACGGUGUCUAGACUUAACCCUAGGGAGAAUGGGAGAACAUAAAACGUUUUUGACUUCAGGAAUAUUUGACAGCAGCUAAAUGGGUAUUAAUCUUGAAAGGUCCACCCCUCCUCUUCACUAUGAAUAAUUGAGAGAUGACGGUGGUAUCACAUCCUGCCCAGCUGGGGGGCUGUUCCAGUGAGUGAGUAGAUGUGAGGGAGAGAUAAAAAUAGCUCACUGAUAUCUAGUGCUCACUGUGUGCCAAGCCCUGUUCUAAAUGUGUUACUUGCAUGAAUUCAUUUGAUCCUCACAAUGACCCCAUGAGGUGGCUACUGUGAUUAUUCCCAUUUUACUGAUGAGGCAACAGGUACAAAGCAGCUGAGUGACUUAGCUAAGACCCCGUUAACUGCUGGAAUUUGGCUUUAACCAGACAGUCUGACUCCAGAUUGGAAACACAAGUAGAUCCAGCCACCGUGUAAAGGAGGGUCUUUGCCUUUCCUUUUUCUGUCUCCCCACAGGUGUACCUUUAGAAAGGGAUUUUGAAUCUCUUUAUCAAUCAGAUCUAUUACAGUCUGUAGAUUUUGAAGGAACCAUUUUAGUUAAGGGCCUUUCCAGUUCAAUUUCAAUAGAAUAAAGAUCUAGACAGUAUAUAAAUUUUCAUAGUAAAACAUAGAGCUAUAUAAUCUAUGGCCAUAACCCUUUUCAUAGCCUCAAGGUUGGGAAUAUAUGAAAACGCUUUAGCUGAAUUGUGCAUUCUUUUUAUAAAAUCCCUGAUUUCUGGCAAUUUGGUCAUACAGUCUUUUGAUAAAAAUAUCAAAAACCUCAUACUGCAAUACUAUAAAAUGUGACUGUGUUAAUGGCCAAAAACAUCUGUAUUUCAGACUGUCAUGAACUGUUUAAACAUCAUAUAAUAGGAAACAUUUAUGGCUUAAAUAAUUGAAGUCUGCAUUUCUCAGAAUUCAUCUGCUCAUCUCACCCUUUUGUUAGACCUUCAAACAAAUCACAGAAUUGACCGACUUGAGUUUCUCUAUAAGUCUUUCUUCUCCAUCAUGGGGUGGUGGGAUAUACAGGGGGCUGUUGGUCAGUUCUUUAAAGUUUGGAUAUCAUAGUCAUGGGAAACUGAGGUAUGCAAGUCUGUUAACCUCCCUGGACUUCAGUUUCUACUUCAGAAGGACUUCUAGCUUUAAAAUACCUUGAUUCUUUCUUUCUUUUUAUUUUUUAUUUUAUUUUUUUUAUUUUUUUGAGACACAGUCCCACUGUAUCACCCAGGCUGGAGUGCAGUGGCGUGAUCUUGGCUCACUGCAACCUCCACCUCCCAGGUUCAAGUGAUUCUCCUGCCUCAGCCUUCUGAGUAGCUGGAACUACAGGUGUGCACCACCAUGCCCAGCUAAUUUUUGUAUUUUUAGUAGAGACAGGGUUUCGCCAUGUUGGCCAGGAUGGUCUCGAUCUCUUGACCUCGUGAUCCGCCCACCUUGGCCUCCCAAAGUGCUGGGAUUACAGGCUUGAGCCGGCCUGUCUGCCACAAUUCUCUCUUUCUAAACAUUUGUUUACUUACUCUUUAAAGAAUAUUAUAAUUGAUUGUACCAUGAUCUAAUGGUAAGAAAUAGAGAAGAAAAUAAAAUAAGUUAGUUUUAUUAGUUUCAUUGAACAUUGUUUCACAAAAGUUCAUUAAGCACCUACUACGUACAUGAUAAAUACUUGUUUCACUGUCCAGUAUACUAAUAAUGUUAAAUUCCCAGAAUGAUUUGGGAUUUUCCUUCCCUCAAUUCUCCCAUUGGUAAUGUUUCCCUCCUGGCUACAACAUUACAGUAAAAUGUUAUACUCUUUAAUCUUAUUUUCAUAUUCCCCAAACAAAGCAAAACAAAAUCUUUCAUCUCAAAGGGAUUUUUAGCAUGCUGCAAAUUAUCAUUAAGUCACACACAAUAUUUUGUUUUCAGUUUUCCAGGGUAAAGAAACACAUUUCACAACCUACUAGGUUAUGUUUCUUAGGAAAAACUGUAGCCAUCAAAUGUUCACUUCUAAUACAGAUGGGUCAGCUGACAUACUAGUUUUAAUGAGUUACAGUAAUGAAUUUGUCGUAGAAUUCAAGCCUUUUUCUGGCUAUAAAUUGCCCAAACCCAAAUGCUGCAGGAAAUUUACAAGAACUGCCAUUAGAAUAGGAUGCUCUAAAUUAUCUCAGUUGUAUUGAAACAAAACCAAACCUGUUAACAGAUAUAUCAGGUAGUCAUGAGUUGAUGUGACAGAGAGUUAUUGGGCUAUUUGUCAAAUGUUAAACUGGAUGAUGAUGAUGGAGAAAGUUACCUAUCUUUUUUUUUUUUUUUUUUUUUUAGUGCUCUAAUGAGUGCCAGGCAUUGUCAGUAUUUCACGUAAGCCUUAUGAUAACCUAAUGAGCUAUAUAGUAUUAUUCUUACUUCUAUUUUACAGAUAAGAAAACUGAGCUUGGAGAGGUUAGAUAAUGUUUCCAAAGUCCCACACCUUAAAUAGCUGAAAAUGUUUCACAUUGCUCGUGGUCACCUUGAGUUCACCAUAUUUAAAGUGAAAGUCAUCAUCCUCAUCCCCUGUUGUUCUUUCCAUUUCUGUCAGUGAUACCGUGAUUUUCUGUUCAUUUUUGCAGUCAUUGAUUUUUCCUUUUCCGACUGUGCUCUGACUCCAAUUACCAAGUCCCUUUCCUCAUUCAGUGUCUUUCUGCUAUCAGCCCUCUUCUUGUUACUUAGUGUCCAGGCCUCCCACCUAAAUGUACAGGCUAAUGGCCAAACUCCAUAACUCAGUCUUCAAGGCUGGCUACUCUCUGGCUCCUCCUCUUCUUUUAGGCUCUUUUUCCUGUUACUUGUCUCCAGAUGAACUAGGUACCUAAAUACAUUGUGCCCAUUUUCUGCAUCCCCUUUGUACAUGACAACUCUUUUGAGAUGGCCUCUCCCCUGCUCCCUGCUCCGCGAGCCCUGCCCCUUCCUCAGCAUGAGACUGGGUCCUCUCCUGAAAGAUGUGUUUUGAUCAGCCCAUUCCUUAGUGAGUAUCCCUUCUUAUUCAGUGCUUGUGACAGUAGUUUCUAUACCUGUCAUUUUGCACUAAGCACAUGCCACCUGACUAGCAUUACUAUACAACUCUUCAUUUAUGUUAUCUGUCUCUCUCUUAGUGGUGGUUAGGGCUGGGUCUAAAUCUCUCCCUAACAUCCGGAACAUUGUUCUGUACCUAGAAAGUACAAGUUGUCAUGCCUCGUGUACAUGGGCAAGGAGAGGAACUUUUAUGGUAACUAUAGUAAAUAUCUCACAUAUUGACCUCAUUGAGGUAAGAGAUCUCCUGUGAAUCCCCCAAGCCUUAUUAGUCAGAGACCCAUUUCACUAGAAAGGGUCUAUAUGUAUUCAUAGGAUACAGUAGUAGAUUGUUUGCAAAGAUGGUCACAGCUGCUUCCAUCCCUGUGCAUGCACCUGUGUAAGGUAACUUGGCUCUCUUCCUAUCAGGAGGAAAUUUCCACUUCCCGAAUCAGAGCUGACUUGUACUGACUUUGAUUAAAGAGCAUAGCAAAAAGUAACAAAUCUCAAAACCUGAGGGGUGGUCUAGGGGACCACCCUCAACAAAGGAUCCCAUCUGAAGCCAUGCCUUUUGCCACAUUAGCCCCUGCAUUUUUGUUCCAUUGUGUACAUAUGAUAGAUGUGGUUUGAGAUACUUCUUUAACCAAAGUUUUAAAGCAUUUCAAAGUUCUGCACUUCUAAGAAGUGAUCUUAAAGGUAGAUAAUAAACUGUGGUUAUUCACAUGUCCUGAUACCUUAGUUCUGUUUUAUCUCUUGUAGUUUCUUGAACACAGUGCAAAAUUAACAUUGAUUUAAAAUGCUAAUAUGUUCUCAAAUCUGUUUUUAAAACCUUGCUUUCUUGUGUUCUUCGUUUGCAAACACCCAGAAUUGCCCCUCCUCUUCUCUUUUAUCCAUUUUAUGGAAACAAUUUCUCUAUUCGCCAAAUAGCAAAACAGCCUUUGCUUAACAGUGUAUAUUUCACUUUUGUGCUAAAGCUAUAUUCCAGUAACAUUUUCUUUCAUGGAAAAUGACCAUUUCUUCCAGGAGUAUAUAAUUUUUUUCAAAUGCAUGAAGUUCUAAAAAUGAAACCAUAUCAGACAGAAUGAUCUUUGGCUUUAUGAAAGUGGAAUAUUUUUUAUAGCUCUGUAGCUGUUCAUUAUUUUAAAACCUAUUAGUUAUAACAGGUUAGCUUGAAAAAUGAGGAGGUUUAAAUCUGAGACAAAAUAUCUCACUAUAGUUAGGUUCUGAAACUGUGCCAGCAAAAUUGUGUUUGAAUGAUUCUUGAAUUUGUUUUGUAAGGGGUAGCUUUCUGCUUUGAAUGUGUAUUCAGUAAAACACAGUUAUUCAAAUUCUAGCAGACAUGUAGGAGAGCCAGAUUCAUGUGUAACGCAGAUGUGGCAUUGUUCAGUGGGGCUUUUCACUCCUAAUGACGGACCUAAUAUGUUGUGUCUCCUUUUUCUGGCUGAGAGAAGGAAUCACAUUUUAGAAGCAUUUUAUUCAGUAAUAUGUUCACAUUGUGUUUCACCUCUUGCUAUCUCUUAUACUACAAGAAUACCUGUGACGUAUUGAGAUAGCUAAUAUCAUUCCUAGAAAAGUACAAGGUAAUUGGGAUAGAAAAUAAUGUAAUAGCUUUAGUAACAGAAUAUAAUUAAAUUAGUGCCUAGAGUAAAAAUAGUGAAAGGAUUUAUUUUUAGUCUUUAAUGGCUGAGAUCAGUAUGAUUAAAAUACAUAAAUUAAAUAACAGCAUUUGGUUCAGUGGUGUUCUGAGUGGUAUUAACUCUCUCUAAUAUCUAAUCUUAAGUGUGAAUAAUCUAAGUAUUCUAUUUUCUUCUGCCCUCCCCCAUUUUUAAGUAAACCCAAUAUGAAUUAGAUAAAAUAGGGAACACAUUUGUUAUAUUCUUGGAAGCCUUGCGAUUAAGGAUUUUAAACUGGGUAGGUAUAUUUUUUAUUAAUCUACUGGAAAGUGGUUAAGGGAGCACUUUGUACCAGGGGCCAUUCUGGGUGCUGGGAAUAGAGCCACCAACACAGCAAACAAGGUCUCUGCUGUCAGGGAGUUCACAGUUUCCUUGUGAGAAGACAGAUAAUAACUGAGUAAACAAGCAAGUUAAUUUCAGACAGAGGUAAAACACUAUAAGGAAAGUAAAACAGAAUAAAUUAUAGAAAAUGGUUGAAUGGGAAAUGGGUUGCUUAAAAUUGGGACAUUUGGGAAAAAUUUUGGGGGGCUGACAUUUGAACUGAGAACUAACUGAUGAAAAGCCAUCCAGAAAGAGGAAAAGGAGUUGCAAAGGGUCUGAGGAGGUUAUAAGCCUAGAGAGACUGAGAGAACUAAAAGAAAACCAGAAUGGCUGGAUUGCAGGGAACCAGAGGCAGCAAGGUCUGAGUGAAAUUUGAGAGGUAGACGGGGCAAGAUGCUGUGUUAGCUGUGAGUGCUACCUCUUUCUUUUCUUUUAUAUUACAGGGUGAGUAUCCUUAUCUGAAAUGCAUCGGACCAGGAGUGUUUCGGAUUUUGGAUUUUUAAAGAUUUUGUAAUAUCUGCAUUAUGCUUAUUGGUUGAGCAUACCCAAUCUGAAAAUUUGAAAUCUGAUACGUUCCAAUAAGCAUUGUCUUUGAGUAUCAUGUAUAAUCUCAAAAAGUUUCAAAUUUUGGAGCUCUUAGAUUUCAGAUUCUGGGUUAGGAAUAACUCAACCUGUAUUAUAUUCUGUAUUGUGUUACAUUCCAUUAUGUCAUAUCAUAUCUCAUACCAUAUUGUAUAUUUAUAUUGUACAUACCAUAUUGUUUAUUUAUAUUACAUUUAUACAUUUAUGUUCUAUGCCUUACAAACAGGGAAAUGAAGGGUUGAAGAAAGACCUUAGAUUUCUCAAUAUGUGUAGGUUUUCUGGCAUUUCCAGUGUACAAAGUAAUGCUAGUGGGUUGCUGUGUCCUGGCUUGGGGUCCCCAGCUUCUUUUCAUGCUUCUUUACCAUUAUCAGUUAAAUUCAAUUCAACAGAUAUUUUCUUGGUAUGCGCUGGGCCCAAGAAACUGAUGAGUCCACGUGGGCCAUUCAAGAUGAAUGCAGAAGAAACUGUGAUAGGCUUUCAUUAUAGAGUAACUCUCCCAGAUUAUGUCUAUUAUUUCAAUUAGUGAGCACCUACCUUUUCUACCAUUUUAUUUAUCCUCAGGUUACAAGCAGUAAAAUGAUCAUAAGGGCAAAUAUCUAAUCUAAAUGCCAGUGAUAGGUAAUGUUAACAUAGUCGUCAUUUGUUUCUCUCCACUGGUGAUACAAGACACAAAAAAAAUGAUUUCAAGGCCUGCUUAUGCAUCAGAUCAAGAAGGGUUUAUCAUCUGAAUACCUCUCUUCUGGGAAGAAUAAGGGAAAUUCUUAAAAAAUUAACAGUUUAAUAAAAUAUGUGAAAGUUUAAAAACAUAUUCUUUUAAAAGAGGCAACACAGAUCUGUAGACUCUUCUGUUACGAUGGUUAUGAUUCAGGGUGUCUACUUUAUACUAGAGGAUCAGGAAUAAUGUAGACUAUUUCCUCUCUGCGUAUCUUCAGACCAUAUUUAGUCAUAUUAUACUGACUUAAAAUUUCCACCAAAUUAAACUUUCCAGUGAUUUAUAAGACAUUGAAAUGCAUUACCAAGAGCAGUUAUUGAAUCUUCCUUCAGAGAUAAUUAACAAAAAAGACUUUGUUAUUAAAAAAGAAAAAAGGCAAUAAUUUAGGUUUCAUGAUGGCAAAGGUAAGUUCUGGAAGUCUUUCUGUGAUUUGCUGAUAGUAAUUGUACUCUCUGGGUGCUUGUUUUGCUUUAUUCUUUCUAACUCUUCCUGGUUUUAUGGCUUGAUAGAUUUUCCUCCUGUUAAGAAUAAAACUGUAGAAGUCAGUACCAUAUUUAGUCUCUGUCUCCAGGCAUGGCCAAUCCUUCUUCCCACUGGCUGCAUUCAGGAAUGUUCUAGAAAACAGCUGACAAAGCCUGAAUGUGACAGAGCAAGUCAUGUUAGGCAGUCCUCAUGCUUUUUCAGCUGUGCUUCUUAUUUUCUCAUAGAUGUAUGUAUGGUAUAUAAGUGUGUAUGAUGCAUAUGUGAAAUAUCCAAGUCAGAAAAUUUGUCCAUUUAUGUUCCUCCCAGGUUACAAAACCAAAUAUUCCAUUCUAGUCAUGGUUAAAGCCCCCUGGGAAGCCCUGCUUGAUUGAGCUAGAGAUCAUCACUGUCCUGAUUUUUUUUUUAAUCAUUCAUGUAUGUCUUUAUAUUUUAUGACAUAGAUUUAUAUAUCUUAAAUAAUACAGAGUAUUGUUUUGCUUAUUUUUAUACCUUACAUAAAUGCAGAUUGCUUUUUCUCUUAUCAUUAUAUUCUUAGGAAUUAUCCAUGUUGAUACAUGUAUCUUUCAUUUAUUCUCCCUGCUGUAUAGUAUUCUGUUGGGGCACCAGGGGGCACAAUAACUAACACCUUCUUUUACCAUCCAGAAUCAAUUGAAAAAUCGACUUAGAAAUGUUAGCUUUCUUAGUGACAUAUAGCUCUGUUGGAGGGAUUGGUUUGCUAAAUGCAGCCCACAUUAAGCAGGUUUACCCUUUAGAGUGGAGUGGCAGGGUCUUUAGCAUAUUCAUAUCAGCAGUUGACUUGUUCCCCAAGUGGUUGGGCCAGCUCACAGUAUCACCCUCAGUGUACCAGAAUUCCUUUCUAUCCAUAUACUCACCAGCACUUGUUACUGAACUCUAGUUUUUGCCGACUUAAUGGGUAGGAAAUGGCAUCUUACUGUGAUUUUUAAUUUUUCUCAUUACUUACAAAGUUAGUCAUGUCUCCUAGCACUUUGGGUUUCCUGUUCAAUGUCAGUUUCCUAUUUAUGUGAUUAGCCCACAUGAAAAAUAUUGGGUAGUCUAUUUUAAAAUGAUUUCUAGGGGUUCUUUAUGUGUUCUGGGUUCUAAUUCUUUCUUACUUAUGAGUCACAGAGGAGGCAGAGGUUACAGUGAGCCGAGAUCAUGCUUCUGCAUUCCAGCCUCUUCAACAGAGCAAGACCCUGUCUCAAAAAAAAAAAAAGAAAAGAAAAAAAAUAAUUCAUUAUGAUAUUCCUAAUUCUUAAUAAGAAUAGUUUCUUAUAGGGUCACAUAUAGAUUUUAUAUAAAAUAUAAAUUUAUAUGUAUAUUUAUAUAAAAUAUAAAUUUACAUAAAAAAUUUAAAGUUUUGCUCUUGCAGAUUAAAUCCAUAAUUCUUCCUAGAUUUGAUUUAUGAGUAUGGCAUGUGUGAGAACCCAGCUUCACCUUUUCCGUAUGGACAAUCAGUGUUUUCAGCUCUGUGAAUUGAAUGUGCUCUACCGUGACAAAAGCCCAAAGAGCAUAUGGGACAGUCCCUUAUUUUACACAUACUAGGUUAAAUGACCCAUCCAAAGUCAUACACCUUGGUGGGGGUGAAUGUGGGCAUAGAAUAGGAUUAGGUUCUUGGCCCCUGGCACAGCGUGUUUUCAUUGUAAUGGAUUAUAGAAUCAUAAUGUUAUUCUUUAUUUUUAUAAAGUUGGUAUGUAUUUCUACAGCUAGAUUUCCUUAGGUUUCACUGAAUCAUAAGUUUCAGUGCUUUUAGCUUUUUGUUGAUGACAUCUUUUUAGUUUCUUAGUACUGAAGGAACUGUUUAUUAUACUUGCUUCAAUUAGCUCUAUGGAAAUAAUGUGUACUGUUUUCCUUCCUUAUUUUCAACCAUAUUUACAUGCUAGUCUUUCCAACAGGUUGUAUAAAUAAAUUAAAUGUUAUGGUAAAUUAUUCCAAAAUGGCAUAUUAAGUUUACAUAAAUUAAAACUAUGGUGCCAUACUAUGAAUCAGAUUGUAACCAGAUGUAAAUUUAUAAAUGUGUAUAGUUAAUUUUUUAAAUGUAAUUUUCCAUGCAUGACUGCUUUAUUUAUUUAAGUUAGUGUGUUUAACAAUACAAUUAGUACAUUCAACCCAAGAACUACAAUAUUACCAUUAACUCAUGUAUCAAGUACUCCUCCAUCCUAUCUUCCUGCCUUUUUCCAUAGGAACCAGUAUCCUGAAAUGAGUGUUUAUUAUUCCCAUGCUUUAAAAAUAUAUGCACAUAUACAUAUACUGAUAUGUUUCUCUAACAUUUACUCUUCCUUGUUUUUAAACUUUGUAAAAAAGAAUGUCAAAUGUAUGUAGUCUUUGUGACUUGCUUUUUUUCACUCAGUAGUGUUUCUGAUAUUUAUCCUUGUUUUAUGUAUAAUUAUAAUUCACUCAUUUAAAAUGUGUUUAGCAACUGGGCACAGUGGCUCAUGGCUGUAAUCCCAGCACUUUGAGAGACCAUGGUGGGAGGACCUCUCAAGGCCAGGAGUUCAAGACUAGCUGUGGCAGUAAGCAAGACCCCAUCUCUAUAAAAAAAAAUAAAAAUAAAAAUUAGCCAGGUGUGAUGGCACAUACCUAUAGCCCUGGCUACUGGGGAGGCUGAGAUGGGAAGAUCACGUGGGCCCAGGAGUUCAAAGCUGCAGGAGUUUGAGGCUGCAGUAAGCUAUGAUCAUGCCACUGCUCUCCAGCCUGAGUGACAGAGGGAGAGCCUGUCUCCAAAAAAAUAAAAUAGUAUUGCAUUCCAUUGUAUGGAUUUACCACAGUUUGUCUAGGUGACGAACAUUUAGUUUUCUUUCCCCCAAUUUUGUUUGCUUUUUCUCUUAUUAAUACUGUAUGAACACUUUUGUAUCAUAGCACUUCUGGUGCUCAUGUGCAAAUGCUUCUCUGGAUAGGUACUUAAGAGUGGAAUUGCUAGGUCGUAAGGUACACAAAUGUUUACUUAGAUCGUGCUGGGAUAUCAUAAGGCCAGGUGGUAUUUUAAAUAAGUCAUAUCAACUUACAGUCCCCCCAGCAGUAUCUUCUGUUGAUGGGCAUCCUCUCCAACUCUUGCCAGACUUCUUAAUCUUUUCCAGUUGAGUGGGUAUAAUAUCUCAUUGUUGGCUUGAUUUUAUUACCCUGAUUAGUAAUGAGUUAUCUCUGUUAUCUUUUCAUGUUUACUAGUCUCCUCUUUGACAUACAUGUUCAUGGUUUUUACUCAUUUUUUGAUUGCAUUUUCUUUUUUUUUUCCUUUUUGAGAGAGAGUCUCACUCUGUUGCCCUGACUGGAGUGCAAUGACGUGAUUUCAGCUCUCUGCAACCACCUCCUCCCAGGUUCAAGUGAUUCUUUUGCCUCAGCCUCCCAAGUAGCUGGGAUUACAGGUGCCUGCCACCACACACAACUAAUUUUUGUAUUUUUAAUAGAGACAGGGUUUCACCAUGUUGUUCAGGCUGGUCUCAAACUCCUGACCUUGUGAUCUGCCCACCUCCACCUCCCAAAGUGCUGAGAUCACAGGUAUGAGCCACCGUGCCCAGCCUCAAUUGCAUUUUCUAUUGAUUUGAAUGUGUUCUUUAUAUAUGUUCUCAAUACAGAUAUUUGAUCUGAUUAACAAAUAUCUUCUCCCAGUUUGUGGCUUUUCACUUUCUUCAAGUAUCUUUUGAGAUAUAAGUAAAAUUUAGUUUGGUUAAAUUAUGAAUCUUUGUCAUAGAGUGUUUGUGUCCUAUUUAAGAAGCCCUUCAUUACCUCCAAAGUCAGAGACCUAUUACCUAUAUUUUCUUCACAAAAUUUAAAGUUUUGCUCUUGCAGAUUAAAUCCAUAAUUCUUCCUAGAUUUGAUUUAUGAGUAUGGCAUGUGUGAGAACCCAGCUUCACCUUUUCCAUAUGGACAAUCAGUGUUUUCAGCUCUGUGAAUUGAAUGUGCUCUAUUUUCUCUACUGUUCUGCUAUGGUGCCUCUGCUCCUGUGUUUUCUAUUCUGUUUCACUGGUCACUUAAUCUGUCUCUGCACCAAUUCCUCACUGUCCUCAUAAAAUCUUAAUACCAGUAGGGCAAGUCUCCUUCCUUACUUUUCAUCGUCAGCCAUGUAUUGAUUAUUUCCAGCUCUUUGUUUUUUCAUAAUAAUUCCAGAACUAGCUUGUUAAGAACCAAAAACUCAGUUCACAUUUUGAUUAACAUUGACAUUACAGAUGAGUUUCUGAAGAGUUGACAUCUUAAUAAUAUUGUCUUCCUAUCCGUAAAUAUGAUACAUUUUUCAUUAGGUAUUCUUGAAAGCCUUUCAGAAAAUUCCUACAAUUGUCUGUACCAUCACACUCCUAUCACCCUGUCACCAUCAUGAUCAUAAUGGUUUUCACUUAUACCAUAUUUCUUUCUUUUUUUUUUUGAGACAGAGUUUCACUCUUGUUACCCAGGCUGGAGUGCAAUGGCAUGAUCUCGGCUCACUGCAACCUCCGCCUCCUGGGUUCAAGCAAUUCUCCUGCCUCAGCUUCCCGAGUAGCUGGGACUAUAGGUGUGUGCCACCAUGCCCAGCUAGUUUUUGUUUUUUUAAUAGAGACAGGGUUUCACCAUGUUGACCAGGAUGGUCUCGAUCUCUUGACCUCAUGAUCCACCUGCCUUGGCCUCCCAAAGUGCUGGGGUUAUAGGCUUGAGCCACCAUUCCCGGCCCCGUAUUUCUUAUAUGCCAACCCCAUUCUAUUUUGUAUCCAGACUACAGCAGCAGUCUUUUGAGGUAGAUCCUAUUAUUAUGAGAUGUCACACAUAGGAAACUGAGGCACAGAGAGGUUAAUCACCUCACUGUAGGUCACACAGCGAGUAAAUGGCAGAGGCAAGAUUCUAACCCAAGGUGCCUGGAUAUAAAGUUUAUACUUUUAAUUACUAUUCUAUAUUGCACACAGCUUUUUUCCUUCUCUUUUUGGAUUUCUUCCUACAUUUUUAUAGUUUUUGUUGCUGUUAUAAAUGGUAGUUUUGAAAAUUAUGUGUUUUUAAUUACUUGUAAAAACAACAGAAACAAAGUUGCUUUUUGAAUAUUGAUCUUCUAGCUAAUAACCUUGCUAACUUUGUGGACUUUUAAGGAUCCACAAAGAUAAUGAUAUCAGUGGAAAAUAAUAAUUAUUUCUUCCUUUCCAAUUCUCAUAUUGUUUUUUUCUUUUUGCUGACAUAUGCACUGGCUAGGACUUACAGGGGUGUUAGUGUCUCGUUCUGAAACUCAAAGGGAAACAUUUCAAUAUUUUAUCAGUUAAUUUGAUCGUAGCUGUAGGGUUUAGAUCGUUUCUCAGAUUAAAGAAUUUCUCAUCUGGUCUAGUUUAUCAUGAGUUUUUUAAAAAUCAAGAAUUGGUGAGAACACAUGGACACAGAGAGGAAAACACUACACACUAGGGCCUGUUGGGGGGUGGGGGGCAAGGGGAGGGAGAGUGUUAGGACAAAUACCUAAUGCAUGUGGGGCUUAAAACCUAGAUGGUGGGUUGAUAGGUGCAGCAAACUACCAUGGCACAUGUAUACCUAUGUGACAAACCUGUACUUUCUGCACAUGUAUCCCAGAACUUAAAUUUUUUUAAAAAAAGAAUUGGCAUUAAAUUUUACUGUAUGCCUUUUCUGUAUCUAUUGAGAUGUUAUUUUUUGAAAUUCAUUCAUGUGGUUAAUAACAUGUACGUGUAUAUAUGUGUAUAGUUUUAGUGUUAAUUCAUCUUUUAUAUUUUUUAUAUAAACCCAAUUGUAUUAUCCUAUUAUCUUUUUAAUGCACGUUUGGGUCCAGUUUGCUAAUUGGGUGGUAUGUGCGUGCACGUGCACGUGUGUGUGUGUGUGUGUGCGCGUGUGUGUGUGUGGUGUGUCUAAAAUAGAGCUGUAAUUUUCCUUUCAUUUGUUUCAUUGCAAGGUUAUACUGGCCUCAUAGAGUGAAUUAGGGAGAAUUCCCUCUUUUUAUAUUUGGUACAAGAUUUUGCUAUUUUAAUAUAAAUAAAAUAUUGCCUUGGAAAAUUUUUAACUGUUUAAUUAUAUAUAAUCAGAAACUUCUUGCUUUUGACAAUACAUUGUUUUCUGCUACUUUGAAAAACUCUAAUUUCUACCAUGGUAUCUCAAACUCUUAAGUAUUUUAAAUGUAUUAAAUGUAUAAGGUAUUAAAAAGUUAUAACCAAACAGUUAUUAAAGUCCCCUAUAUUACAUUUUAUAGUUUUCUAUUCCUUGAAGACACUUCAAGUUAUUUAUUUUUAAGCAUAGAACCUCUAGUUGAAGUCUGUUUAUGUCUGCUUCUGCUGGUUCUUGCUCAUGGUAACUAGUUUCCUUGCAAACUUGUUUGUAUUCGACUUUCUGGAGCUCAGCAAUCUUGAAAAAUAAUUCAUGGGGAAUUCCACGAGCCCAGGAUGAAAUCAGAGUGGUUUAUGUGUUUCUUCCAGGCUCCUUGGAGCACAAUCAGUAUAGGACUAUAUUAAAACAAAUUCACAGAAGGAAGUUUCUGUACUCACUCAAGGUAUCCAGCGACCCAGGGACCCUCCCAGCGAGGGUCAGUCCACACUCAUAACUUCUCAGGGGUGUAUUAUCAUUUUUUAUUUUAUUUUUCUCUUACUACUUUGCUCAACAACAGAGAAACUUUUGUGUAGUCCUUUGGAUUCUGAGGGAUCUGUGGGGAUCGCUCCCAUGUGAGGCCCCUAGGAAAUGAACCUCGCCAUAUGGUGAGCUUGAGCCCGGACACAGAUCCCCGGUUGGGGGAGUCGAGCUGAGGGAAAGCAGGAACCGAGAGAGGGACUAUGCUAUUCAAAAUAAUUAACAGACAUUACUUUAUGGAUAUGAGGACUUGGGAGGCAUUGUGUCCACUUUCGGCUCCUUAUGGUUUAUUGCUUGAUUGUGUUCAUUUUGGACCCUUGUUACCUUCAUUGUAAAAUAUUAACUUAAGUAUUUACACUUGGUAACUUACUUACCAUAACUUACUGGGCGUAACUGUAACUUACCAUAACUUACUGGGCGUAAUUGUAACUUGCUUACAAUUGUUAAGUACUUACUGGGCGUAACUUACUUGCUGGGCGUAACUGACUUACCGUAACUUACUGGGCGUAUCUGACUUACUGGGCUUAACUUACUUACUGGGCAUAACUUAGUGGGCGUAACUUGCUUACUGUAACUUAAGUAUGUUGAUCUGGCGUAAACAACAUUAACUUCAGAAAAGUAUAUAAUGGAACAUAUUGCAAAAAUAAAAUUGCUGCUUGGACAUAGCCUAAGCCAGCCCUCCAGACUCCGCUUUUCUUUUUUCUUUCACUUCCGCACACUCUCUCCCUCAGGUUGAACGAGACAUCUAUGUUGGCGGUCUCGGGGACUCCCGCAGGUCGGUAGCCCCCUGGCAGACGUGCCGGACACCAACAGGAUUCAGCUUACUGUGGGAAAGUUAUCCUGUGAGACUAUCCAAAUUAGCAAAGUCCUGGAGCUUCACUUCUGGCCUCAUCCCCCCAUGAGGCUACCAAACUGAAGCCCCAGUGCACGAUGGGAGUGAAUCCCUUCAGGGCAAAGGUGGCUUUGUGAUGCUGAUGUUCUUUCCACUAACCUCUUUGGGUUCAAGCUACCCCCAAGAAUUUGGCCUGGCAGCUCUUUUAGCUCUUCAGUCCUUUUAAGGUGUUUUUUUUUUCUUUUUAGUGUCUUAUUCAGCAUCUUUAGUUUUUUCAGUGGGGAAUUGAUCUGAGUAUCCAAAAACAGAAACACAUGAAUUCUUAAAUACUUCGUCUCCCAAAAUUUUCCUUCUAAAUUCUGUUUUCCAAAUAUUGACUCAUUAGGUGGACCGUAAGAUUUAUUAAGUAUUAGAAAAGAGUAUCCAUUUAUUUAUAAGAGAUAUAGAAAAUAUAUAAAAUUAGUAAUGCAUUUCUAAAGCUUAGUAAUUCUGGCAUUUUAGCUUUAUCUUCUAUUGCUAUUUAAAGAACAUGACCAAUUGUUUUGGCAGGGCUGGGGAAUGGAGUCUCCCUCUGUUGCCUAGGCUAGAGUGCAGUGGCGCAAGACUCGGUCAGCUCACUGUAACCUCCGCCUCCCAGGUUCAAGCAAUUCUCUGCCUCAGCCUCCUUGAGCAGCUGGAUUACAAGUGCCCGCCACAAUGCCCAUCUAAUUUUUUUGUAUUUUCAGUAGAGACGGGGUUUCACCAUCUUGGCCAGGCUGGUCUUUAACUCCUAACGUCGUGAUCCACCUGCCUCGGCCUCCUAAAGUGCUGAGAUUACAGGCGUGAGCUACCGUACCUGGUAUUUUCUGAUAUUUAGCACUUAGAACUGCAAACAGAGAAAGUGUCAUAGCACCGUGGUUUUAUAAACAAAGACAGGACACCUGUCUUAGUCCAUUUGGGCUGCUAUAAUAAAAAUACCAUAAAUUGGGUGGCUUAUAAACAACAGAAAUUUUUUUCUGACACUUCUGUAGGCUGGGAAAUCCAAGAGCAAGGAGCUGGCAAAUCUGGAGUCUGGGGAGGGCCCACUUUCUGUUUCACAGAUGGUACCUUCUAGAUGUGCCUUUGAUAUAGUUUGGACAUUUGUUCCCACCCAAAUCUCAUGUUGAAUCAUAAUCCCCAGUGCUGGAGGUGGGGCCUGGUGGGAGGUAUCUGGAUCAUGGGGGCUUAUGCCUCAACGCUUGGUGCUGUCUUCAUGAUAGUGACUUCUUGCAAGAUUUGGUCAUUUAAAAUCGUUUGAUACCUCUUCCACUCCAACUCUUGAUCCUGCUCUGGCCGUGUGACAUGGCUACUCCCCCUUUUCCUUCUGCCAUGAUUGUAAGCGUCCUGAGCUUCCUCAGAAGCCAAGCAGAUGCCAACACCGUGCUUCCUGUAAAGCCUGCAGAACCAUGAGCCAACUAAACAAGCUCAGGUAUUUAUAGCAAUGCAAGAACAGUCUACUCCAGGCCUCACGUACUGAAAGGAGAGAACUCUAGUCCCUUCAGCCCCUUAUAAGGGCAUUAAUCCCAUUCAUGGGGGUUCUGCCUUUAUGGCCCCACCUCCAGCCAUGACAUUGGUGAUUAGGUUUUAUCAUGUGCAUUUGGGGCAGGCAUAAACAUUCAGACCCUAGCAACAGCAUUUUCUGUUUUACUUCCUUCAUUGUAAUUCUCAUCAUUGUAUUGGCCAUAUUUUCUACCUCAGUAUGUUGGACAAUGACUUCAGGGAGUGGUCUUUAAAUGCUCCUAGAGGGCUGUCUGGGAUAUAGCUGAUAACUAAGAGCUUCCUUCUCUACAAGUAUGCUUUAGGUUAUUUUUUUAGAAUUGAAAUGAGAAGAUUCACUAUUUGCUAUAUCCAUUCCCAAGAAAAUAUAUUAUAGUUUCGAGAAAAAUGUGUUAACACAUGUGCUAAAAUAUGAUCCAGAUGUUUAAUGUCUUACUGUAAUAUCAUUUUACUGUUCAGAGUCACCUGCCUUUUUGGUCCCUGCCUAAGUUUGCUUUCUUUAUUCCAUAACACCUGUUGCCAGGAAUAUAUUUACAGUCUGCUGUCUUUUCUAAAUGGUUGGUACAUAUGUAAGAAAAAGGUUGACUUUUACUUGUUUCUUUCAGUAACAUACCUUAAGGAUUCUUUGUUAUUUUAUUUUCAGUGUUACUUUAUUUCAAUAGAAUAAUACUGUUUUUACUUAAAUACCAUAUAAGGAGUCAUGCUGUAUGACCCAGGCAUGAUAUUUACUGAAAUGUUCAUGGAUAGAAAAGAAGUUAUUCCUAGUUUUGCUUUUUAAAAAGAAUUCCAAAACGUCAAACUCCCACAUGAUAAGUGGCCCUGUAUUUCCAUAGGCUUAGAAAACUUAUGUCUAAUUUAUUAUCGCACGUGAUCAUGUGUAUCUAGUUGUUUGCUACAUUCUAUUUCAGAUCUUUGCAUUUAUAGUUCCCUAUUUAAACAUCACAUCAUCAUAGAGGCCUUUCCUAUCCAAAGUGACUUACUCCAUCUCCCAUCUGCAGUAAAUCUCUGCUGCCUGGUUUUAUGUCAUUUAUAGCACUUAGCAAAUCUCAGAGAAGAUCUUCUGUUUUUGUUUGCUUAUUGUCUAUCAUGCUUGACUGUACGGCUUCAUGAGAGUAGUGAUGCUGUCUGUUCUGUCUUGAAUACCUCUGGAUUUUCAGGUUAGUCCAGAGCACAUGUUCAAUGAAUCAAUGAGUUUAUUAAAGACUGUAGAAAAAUAAUCUGUUUAUAUUAGAUAUGAUAUUUGAUCUUUGUUAAUUCAAGAGAUUUUCAUUGGGUUAUUUAGGAGUUGAAGAAGGUAUCCAGACUGACCUUAGGUUUAGGUUAUAAUAAUUAGCUAACUAGAAAGUUAACCAUGGAUAUAUUUAAUCUGUAAGCCUGAUGAAGUUUUCUGGUUCUUUGGGCUGUCUCUGAGGAUUGUGUAUCUGCUGUAAAUCAUCAAAACUGCAGUAAACCAGGAGUCUUGCCAAAUUUCAAGGUACUAAAUACAUACCUUGAUCUCUUUGUGGUCAUUGGAAAUAUUUUCAACACAGAAAAGUAUAGAGAAUAAUAUAGUGUAACACUUACAUCUCAGCCACCUCACUUUAUCUAGUCUUAAUAUUUGUCAUAUUUGCCUCAGUGUUUGGUCAAAGACCAGUCUUGAUGUUUUUAAGAUACGAUUAAUACUUAAAUCAGUAGACCUCUAGUAAAGCAGAUCUCUUUUUAUAAGGUGAGAGGACCUCAUCUAAUCAGUUGAAUGCCUUCAGAGAAAACGUGUAGGUCUCCUGGGGAAGAAGGAAUUCUGCCCACAGGCUGCCUUCAGAUUUGAGGCUGCAACAUUAACUCUUCCCUUGACUGUCUGUUAUGUUGCAUUUGUCUGUUUGUCUAUCUUUGUGCCAACAUCACACUCUCUUUAUUAUAUAACUUUGUAAUCUUGACGUCUGCUGGUGUACGUCCUAGAACUUUGUGUUUUCUUCAGAAUUGUCUUGGCUAUUUUUAGCCCAUUGUGUUUUAAAAUAAAUUUUAGAGUCAGUUUUUCAAUUUCCACCAAAAAAAAAAAAAAAAAAACAAGAA